CUCAAGCCACAACCAUCACCGCGCGUCGGAACACCGACAUGGACUAUUUCGGCCAAGCUUGAUGAAACGGCGCAGCUGGAACGCGAAGAUUUUUAUCUUAGCGUCUUGUGACUGGAGGCUCUGCUCUGCAUAUCAGCCUACAUAUCAUUGAGCCAGCCUUGCACCGCAGCAUUGCGUUUAACACCGGAUCCGACGCGGACACUCCAUUCUUGGCGUUAACAGCUACAUGAUACGCUGAAUAAGAGGCAAUGCGUACCACCAUCAGUCGGAUUCCUCGUUCCUCGUAACGCGUUGGUCUCGACGGCAGGCGGACUGCCCAUUCAUCGUGUUCCAGGCACGAUGCAGCCACUGGGCGGUCGUGCUAUUCCUUAGAUCUCGGAUGACGUAUGCCAUGGCGGAACUGUAACCACUAAGUAUGAUUUAUUAUCUGGUGUUUGGAUAUAAGAAUGGAAUACGGUGUGCAGUACCACACAUACUAUUGCGACCUAAAUCCCCCGCGUCCUCUUGCCCUCUUACUCUUACUUUGUCCACAUUUAUUCAUUAAUAGUAGUUGUAUCCAGUAAUGUCUCUCAUCCUCAACUUUCUUUUCGUUUCUUCUAUCUACCUUCUCAUUCUCGUUCGUGACUAUCUGCGGCGCCGUCGUCAAACCCUUCCUCCAGGACCGAAGGGAUUGCCUUUCGUAGGAAAUAUCCUAGAUAUGCCCUAUGACAAGCAGUGGUUGACAUUCGACACAUGGUCCAAGCACUAUGGUGACAUCGUCCACAUCAAUGUACUUGGACGACAUAUGAUUAUUCUCGGAUCUUUUCAAGCCAUCACGGACAUCUUCGACAAGAAGUCCUCUAUAUUUUCCGGAAGACCCAGAAGUACUAUGCUCAACGACCUUGUGGGCUGGGACUGGAGUUUCACCCUGAUGCCCUACGGCGACGAAUGGCGAAAGAACCGCCGCGCCUUCCACCAGCACUUCCAACAGAGCGCCGUGUCCCGCUACAACACUAUCUACCUCCGCGAGUCGCGGAACCUACUCGACAUGCUUCUGACGGAACCAGACGGCUUCCUGCACCACCUCCGACAGACGUUUGCCGGCACUCUUAUGGGCUCUGCGUAUGGUAUACGCGUGUCCAAGAAAGAUGAUCCUUAUGUGUCCAUUGCGGAGGCUGCCAUGCACGAGGCUUCAGAGGUGACCGUUCCGGGCGCGUUCCUGGUAAAUGAACUUCCCAUUCUCCGAUACAUACCGAAGUGGUUCCCAGGAACGCGUUUCCACAAGGUGGCGACCCAUCUGAAGAAGCUCUCCGACGAAAUGCUGAACCGGCCGUUUGAAGCGGUGAAGCAGAGCUUGCGUGACGGCACGGCGGAACCAUCAAUCACCGCAACAUUGCUCCAGUCUCUUCCCGCCGACGAAGACAACGCAGAAGCUGAGCUGAUUGCGAAGCGCGUCGGGGCAUCAGCAUACGCAGCUGGCUCUGAUACCACAGUAGCAGAAUGCCAUGUAUUCAUGCUCGCCAUGGCAAUGUACCCGGGCGUCCAGAAGCGCGCGCAAGCGGAGCUGGAUGAUGUGGUAGGACCGACCAGGCUGCCUGAUUUCAGCGACCGGGACAGCUUACCCUAUAUCAACGCAUUGAUCAAAGAGCUCUCGCGAUGGCAGCCUAUUGUGCCGUUAGGGCUGCCCCAUGAAUCGAUGGAGGAUGACGAGUACCGUGGGUACUUCAUCCCGAAGGGAACAAUCGUCUUCGGGAAUACCUGGUCGAUAUUACACGACCCGGAUGAAUACCCUGAGCCUGAUGUCUUCAAGCCGGAGAGGUUCUUGAAUCCAGAUGGGACACUCAAUCAUGAUGUUCGGGAUCCCGGUUUUGCGGCUUUCGGCUACGGCAGACGGGUAUGUCCAGGGCGCUACUUUAGCGACAGCUCCCUGUACUCGAUAGUCUCUUCUGUCCUUGCAACAUUUGACAUUAAGCCGAAGACCGACAAAUACGGGCGGCCUGCGCACCUCGAGCCGAUCAUGAUGCCAGGUAUCAUUUCACUUCCGGCUCCGUUUGAAUGCGAUAUCAAGCCCCGUUCUACGGCGGCUGUUGAUUUGAUCCGGGGGUCACUGGAUGACUCUCUCUAG